AUGCCUUUUUCAAAAUUCAUGUCCGGCAGACCUGGUAUCACGGAGAAGCGGCUGUCGGCUCAUCGCUUCCAGCAGCUUCCCGACAUGGCCCCGGACAAUAUGAUGAAUCCCAACGAUGUCACUAUUGACAUCCCCUUGAACCCAGUUCCCAGUCGGAAUCAGACCGGCGCUCGAAAGACAAGUAGUAAUGUGGGAGGAUCGCCGAAUCCGUAUCAACCACCCGGCGAUGACAAAGGCAUUGACGGCGAGAAGGAAGGGUUGGUCGCGCCAAAUCCUGGCAUGCGCAGACGCAUCGACGAAGGCACCGGACGUUCCCUAGAAGACCCCGAGGAUGGCACUGUCACUCGCAUGGGCCGCUUCUACCAGGCCAUCCUUAAUUACUCGGUUCUCACGCGCUACUUCAUCUACGUGGCCCCGCUCGCAAUUCUCCUUGCCAUCCCAAUUAUCGUGGGAGCAACGGUCGCGCAGGACGCGACUAUCGGCGGAGUCACACUGCCGUGGUUCUGGUUCUGGAUUGAGAUCGUUUGGAUCAGUCUGUGGUUGUGUAAACUUGCGGCUAAACUCUUGCCGUACAUCUUUCAGACCCUUAUCGGGUUUGUGAGUUCAGGAACUCGCAAAUAUGCUCUUAUUCUACGCAAACUGGAAAUGCCAAUUGCAACCGUGCUGUGGUGCGUGGUGUGCUUGGUCACCUUUUUGCCUGUCAUGACGCAAAAUCCCCACCAGAAAGCCAAGGGCGAUACCUCUACCAAAUCCUGGGAGAAAUCCAUCAAGAACAUCCUGUUUGCCCUCUUCGUCUGCAGCUUGAUUUUCCUGGCUGAGAAAACCAUGGUUCAUUUGAUCUCGAUCAGCUACCACCGCAAGCAAUUUGAUGCCCGCAUCAAAGAAUCGAAGCGCAAUGUGUAUCUGGUGGCUCUGCUAUUCGACGCCUCGCGCCACAUGUUCCCCAUGUACUGCAAAGAAUUCCAAGAGGAAGACGCCGCCAUUUCCGACUCUAUUCUUCGCUCCGCAGCCGUCAAGACCCGCACCGGCAGCUCAUCAGCGCCUCUGCGCCUUAUCCGGGGCGUGGGCCAGAAUGUCCACCAGUUCGGCAACAAAGUCACGGCGGCUUUUGGCGACGUGGCCCAUGAAUUGACUGGCAAGCAAGUUUUCAACCCGACUUCCACUCGGUCCGUCGUCACUCAGGCUCUGGAACACAGACGGACGUCUGAAGCGCUCGCACGCAGAAUUUGGAUGUCUUUUGUCAUUGAAGGCCGCGAUGCUCUGUACUUUGACGAUAUUUGUGAGGUCCUGGGAGCUGGCAUGGAGGCUGAAGCCGAGGAAUGUUUCCACAUGCUGGAUCGCGACGGCAACGGGGACAUCAGCUUGGAAGAGAUGAUCUUGGCCAUCGGUGAAGUCCGCCGCUUGAGAAAGUCCCUUAACAACAGUCUCCACGAUGUUGACCAGGCGAUCCACGUUCUGGACAACCUCUUGCUGACCGUGGCGGGUAUUAUCGCUAUUCUGGUCUUUGUUUCUUUCGUGACAAGCGGCUUCGGCACCGUUAUCGCCGCGGGUGCCACUUCUCUGCUCUCUCUCAGUUUCGUCUUCUCGACCACCGCUCAGGAAGUGCUGGGUUCGUGUAUCUUCCUCUUCGUCAAGCAUCCCUUUGAUGUGGGCGACCGUGUGGAAAUCAGCGACAAGCCGUACUUUGUCGAGCGCAUCUCAUUGCUCUUCACCGUGUUCCGAAAUGUCAACGACCAUCGCAUCACGCAGGUUCCGAACGUCGUCCUUAACACCCUAUGGAUUGACAACUUCACCCGUGCCAAUGCCAUGCAUGAGCGCCUCACCGUCCCCGUUAGCUUCGAGACCACCUUUUCGAACGUCCAGCUUCUCCAGGAGGAGAUGGAGAGCUUCGUGCGCGACAAGGACAACUGCCGCGACUUCCAACCAGAGGUCACCAUUGAUGUGGUUGGUCUGGGCGACAUGGACAAGAUGGAGCUGAGUGUCUUGAUCUGCCACAAGUCCAACUGGUCGAACGAAGCCGUCCGAGCUGCCCGUCGCUCGAAGUUUAUGUGCGCGCUGAUUUCCGCCGUGCGCAAGGUACCUAUUCGCGCCCCAGGCGCCAGCGACGACGGCGAUGACAAGACUGAGAAGGAUGACAACAAGUCGGAUGCUGGACACGAAGACCAAACUCUCCCCGUCCGCCAGGUUUCCAUCGCCAGCGAAGGCAUGCGUCGGGCUAACACCACCGCUGGCGUCUCUUACACCGAAUCCCGCUCGACUGGCUUCGACCUCGGCAACUCCCCUCAGUCGCUGCAACGUCGUGGCAUGGGCGCCUCCAGCUCCUACAGUGAAGGUCUCACCGCAGAGCACGCAGCCCGGUCGCAAGAUGGCUCCCGCGACGGUCAUGAAGUCGACCACUACCAGACCCCGGUGGGGUCCCCCGGUCAGGAGCGCCAACUCAACGUGACCUACGGACUGAUGACUCGCGAACCAUCGACGGGUCGUCGCAAGGAGGGCCGCACCUCACAGGUCGAGCCUGAACUCGAGCCCCAGCCCGUGGCUGCCCCUCGAGGCGAUGUCCCGGUGCUCUCUGAACCAGUCCCUCCCCGUCAUCGCCAGGAGGCGCAGCCCACAUUGCCCCAGGUCGCAGUGCCCCAGCCUCUCGCGGGGGCCGCCAUGUCCCAGCCGCCUCAGCAGCCGCCCGAGUACUACAACUACCCGGGACAAUACUACGACCCAACGGAGGACCCCUACGACCCGAACCAGCCGUUCGAGCUUCCGUCGAUACACGAGCAGCAGACGCCAGACGGACGGGAGCACCAUUCGACACGCCUGACAGAAACCGAGCCAGGACGAUAUGUGCCGCGACGGCCGUACGAGGGAGCGGGUAACCAGUAG